CGAUACACCAUGAACGGAGCAACGUCGGUAACAACCUCAGAGGAACAUCAGCAUCAACAUCAGCAGCCACAAAAUGAUGCACCUGCGGAACAUCCGAGAAGUCCUACCAGUCCUUUAAGCAUACGACAUGACUCCGGAGAGAGCAGCGUAAUCUCGCCAGGAUUACCAGAACGGUAUAGUCCUUUGGGAGCAACAGGAUCGACCUCGACUCACGAUCCUUACGCCUCGAGGUCCGUUCAGGAGUGUCCUGUUCCUCUUUGCAGAGGAAUACCGACUGAUUUUCCGCUGGCUAGAUCGCCUUACCUAACGGCUCUUGGUAAUGGCCAUCCCCAUUUGCUGGGACAGGUGCAGCAACAGCAACAACAGCAGCAGCAGCAACAGCAACAACAACAAAUGCAACCGCAACAUGGCAGCAAACCACCGCGCAGUCUUGGCUUGAUAUGCGUGGUUUGCGGUGACACUAGUUCUGGCAAACAUUAUGGAAUUCUUGCUUGUAACGGGUGCAGUGGCUUCUUCAAACGCAGUGUUAGACGGAAGCUGAUAUACAGAUGUCAAGCCGGUACCGGAAGAUGUGUUGUGGACAAAGCUCACCGGAAUCAGUGUCAAGCGUGUCGUCUGAAGAAAUGUAUGCAGAUGGGGAUGAAUAAAGACGCCGUACAGAAUGAACGGCAACCAAGGAACACUGCCACCAUCAGACCGGAGGCUCUCGUCGAAAUGGACCAGGAACGAGCGCUACGGGAAGCUGCGGUCGCCGUCGGUGUUUUUGGACCACCCGUAUCUCUGGCUAUGGCAAGAUACACGACACCAUUACCUCUGCCUACGGUUGCCCCCACAACAAAUUCGGCAAAUCCUCCUACACCUCCUCGCCAGGAUAACGAAGACGGGAAUGCUUCGGAAGACAGCAUAGACGUGACGAACGAGGAACCAUUAACACCUCAAAGAAGUGGUUGCACGCAAAUACCACCUGUGAUCCCGUCGUUGUAUUCGCCUGCGAGCGCUGAAACGGUGUACGAAACCAGCGCGAGGUUACUCUUCAUGGCGGUUAAAUGGGCCAAGAAUCUUCCCUCUUUCGCGAGUUUGCCUUUCAGAGAUCAGGUGAUACUACUCGAAGAAGCCUGGUCGGAGCUUUUCCUCUUGAACGCAGUGCAGUGGUGCCUUCCACUCGAAUCAUCGCCCCUUUUCAACUCCGCAGAACUUACUGCUCUAACUUUAUCACCGCAUCCGCACCCCCACCCUGGGAUCCACAUGCAAACCACCACCGGAAAGCCGAGUCAGGUGGCGGCAGAUGUGAGGCAUCUGCACGAUACUCUGCAGAGAUACAAGGCCGUCAUGGUCGACCCUGCGGAAUUCGCUUGCAUGAAAGCCAUUGUCUUAUUUCGGCCAGAGACCCGUGGCCUGAAGGAUUCCAGUCAAAUAGAGAACCUGCAGGAUCAGGCCCAAGUGAUGCUAGGACAACACGCCAGGGCGCAGCAGCCAGCUAGUCCAGCACGCUUCGGAAGACUGUUGCUGUUGUUGCCGUUGUUGAGGACAGUGCCAGCAUCGAGGGUGGAGUUGAUAUAUUUUCACAGAACGAUCGGCAACACUCCAAUGGAGAAAGUAUUGUGCGACAUGUACAAAAAUUAAGGGAUCUUCAGCAUUGUUGGAUAAAAUGUUUCGAUUCUUGUACAGUGAUGCGUUCGAAGUUUCGUGGUGUCGAGAGUUGUUUAGAUAAAAUGUUCGAUUGAUUGAGGAGUACAAAUGGUAAACGAUGCAAGUGCCAAAGAAAUAUAAAGCAACAUUUUGGUGGAUCGAGGUAUUUCGUAAGGUGAAGAAUUAAUAGAAAUCGUAAUUAUAGAGCCAAAAUCGUUAGUGACAUUGUGAAAAAUAAAAGUGCCAAGGUCGAUUUAAUUGAAUCACGAAGAAAAAAUCAGUGCAGUGUACUGAAACUAUCAAGAUGGUAAAUGUUAAAAACAUAAACGUUUGAGUGACAAAUGUAAAUGACAAAGUGGAGAUACGGUUUUUAUUUCCAGUGAAAACGUUUAUGGCACAUAUAUCGCUUACCACUCCAACCAUUGGCUAGCUAAGUGUUGGGGUGGGUUCGGAACAUUAUUUUACUGAUAGUGUCAGCAUUUGGGAUUGGAUGUGAUCCAGUCAUAUGUGGUGAUUUGGACAUUCGACAAUGUAGAAAUUUGGGAAAAUUUGGAAUUCGAUAUUUUGAGGUUGAAGGGUAACUAUAUGGAAAUUUGAGUACUUGUGAAUUUGGGAAUUCGAGGACUUAGUU